AUGAUCCAAAGGAAAACAGAUCAACCAGGCUGUCAUCCAUACGUCAGACUGCGAGCAGCUGUCCGCGGCCCGGUUACCGCGGCCCUGUUACCUCCUGAUCAAAUCGUGUGGUCAAUAUACGCGUACAUCAAUGCGUACAUCAACGCGUACAUCAACGCGUACAUCAACGCGUACAUCAACGGGUACAUCAACGCGUACAUCAACGCGUACAUCAACGCGUACAUCAACGGGUACAUCAACGCGUACAUCAACGCGUACAUCAACGCGUACAUCAACGGGUACAUCAGCGGGUACAUCAGCGGUUACAUCAACGGGUACAUCAGCGGUUACAUCAACGGGUACAUCAGCGGUUACAUCAACGGGUACAUCAACGCGUACAUCAACGCGUACAUCAACGCGUACAUCAACGCGUACAUCAACGGGUACAUCAGCGGGUACAUCAGCGGGUACAUCAACGGGUACAUCAGCGGUUACAUCAACGGGUACAUCAGCGGUUACAUCAACGGGUACAUCAACGCGUACAUCAACGCGUACAUCAACGCGUACAUCAGCGGGUACAUCAGCGGGUACAUCAGCGGGUACAUCAGCGGGUACAUCAACGGGUACAUCAGCGGUUACAUCAACGGGUACAUCAGCGGUUACAUCAACGGGUACAUCAACGGGUACAUCAACGGGUACAUCAACGGGUACAUCAGCGGGUACAUCAGCGGUUACAUCAACGGGUACAUCAACGGGUACAUCAGCGGUUACAUCAACGGGUACAUCAGCGGUUACAUCAACGGGUACAUCAACGGGUACAUCAACGGGUACAUCAACGGGUACAUCAGCGGGUACAUCAGCGGGUACAUCAACGUGUACAUCAACGCGAACAUCAACGCGUACAUCAACGUGUACAUCAACGCGAACAUCAACGCGUACAUGAACGCGCACAUCAACGUGAACACGUGUACAUGA